CAUCGACUAAUGCCCGAUUUCUUCAUACCUCCCAACAGCUAUCUUCCAGAUAAAGAUAUCCGGUAGAUAACUAAAACUUCGUUUUCUUCACUGAAACCUCUGAUUACGUAUCUAACGCAUAGCUAUUCUUCAUACUACAAACUUUCGGCACAAAAUAUACUAGAAUUUAACUAUAAAUUACCAUAUUCUGUCACCGACAUGUUCUUCUCCGGGUCAGUCAUUUGAUACCAAUAUAUUCUUGUAAGUGAGGUUAAGUGAGGUUUACGAAAAUAAAUAUUAUAUAUUUUUGGUGAACUUUUUCAAGAAAGUGGAAAAAACAUUUAUCCGGCUCAAUGGACAAAGAAAAAAGGGGAGCGAAUUUUACAAAAACUGAAAUUGAUUUGUUAAUUGACGUUACAUUAAAAUAUAAACAUAUUGUCGAAAAUAAAAAAACCGAUGCAACAACAUGGAAAGACAAAAAUGAAGCUUGGGAGAAAAUUUCCAACGAAUUUAAUGCUGCAUCAGGAAAUUUUCCUCGCUCCAUAAAAACGAUUCGUUCCAAAUAUGACACAAUAAAAAAAAGUAUUCGCAAAAAAUGCUCGUUGCUCAAAAGCGAACAAACAAAAACUGGUGGUGGUCAGUGCGCAGUGACUUUGACUCCAAGUGAGGAGAAAGUAUUAUCAUUAACACCAAACACCAUGGUGGGUCUCAAAUCCAGAUUUGACAAUGACUCGGAAGCAUGUACAAGUAAUGUAAAACAGUGGAUGACACAACAGGAUGUAGAAGAUGAGUCAGAACUUCGUGUUACGGAAGAUCUCAUUGAAUUCCUUGAAGAUGGAGAUGAUAGUGUUCUCCAGUUUUUGAAAAGAACAGAAAAGGUGGAAGUACCUCAAGCGACAUUAAUAAUUCCAGAAAAAUCAGAGAAUAUCGAAAAGACCUCACUGAAAAGAAAGAUUGAUACUGCACAUUUUGUUCACGAGAAUAAAGAGAAUAAAACACAAAAAGGAACUGAUAAUAAGUUUAUUUAAAAAAAAAAAAGAGCCAAGCAAUUUGAAGAUUCUCAGAUUACGCAAGAGAUGUCACGCUUGAAAAACGAAACCUUGAUGUUGCAAAAAAAUUUAUUAUUACAAGAAAUAGAGGCUAAAUCAGAAAUCAC